AUGCCCGUCCGAAUCAUUGCUUUGCAACGUAACCUUCUCAACCGUGCACGCUUCUAUUCCACUGCAGUAAGCUUAAAAGAUUGCUCAAUAAGCAAACAAAAUACAAUUGGAUUGAUUGGUCUCGGCCAAAUGGGCUCUGGUAUGGGCAAGAAUCUUGCACUCAAGACCAAGCCUGGUACCUUGCUUGUAUAUGAUGUCAACAAGGCAGCUGUUGAGCGCUUCGUGGACACCUUUCCACAAGCCAAGGCUGUUUCGGAUCCCGGGGAAAUGGCCGAGAAAGCAGGCACCGUGUUGACAAUGUUACCCGAAGCCACUCACGUGGAACAAGCUCACAAGGCUCUAUGGGAUGCACUUGAUGAAUCCAGUCUUUUGGUGGAUUCAAGCACUAUUGCUGCUGAGGAAGCACGUCGAUUGUCCAAAAAAGUGAUGGAUGCAAAGAAGGGUACUGCAUUUGAUGCACCCGUGAGUGGAGGGGCUGUUGGAGCUGAUGCAGGCACCUUGACGUUCAUGGUGGGUGGACCAUCAGUGGAAGCCGUUGAAAAAAUCAAGCCUACAUUAUCAUUAAUGGGUCGUAAUGUCGUCUAUUGUGGUCAAAAUGGCACAGGUCAAGUAGCCAAGCUUUGCAACAAUAUGCUUUUGGCAAUCUCGAUGGCAGGUGUAUCGGAAGCAAUGUUGUUGGGUGCACGUUUAGGCAUGGAUCCUCUUUUGUUGGGCUCCAUCAUCAACAACUCAACAGGUCGCUGCUGGAGCUCUGAUACCAAUAACCCACAUCCUGGUGUUGUUCCCACGGCACCCGCUAGCCGUGAUUAUCAAGGAGGCUUUAGCACUCAUCUUAUGGCUAAGGAUUUACGACUUGCAAUGAAGUCCGCUGAGGACUCUGCAACAAACCCUGUGCUCGGUACCAUGGCCGCCAAAAUGUUCAAUGACUUGGCAAAGACGGAUGAAUAUGGCAAGCUGGACUUCUCCAGUGUGUACAAGUGGAUGACCAAACAGCAUUCGUAA